AUGAGGUAGGAGGUUGCUGAAGCAGGAUCUUUUAAACGGGAGGUUAGACAGACUCUGAAGCUCUUUUUUUGCCCCACAUACUUUGUGGUUUUUUUUGGGGGGGGGGGUGUAGAUAGGAAUCUUAUAGUUGUUUUUGUUUUAGAUGUAUUUUCUACCUUCCCCAACCCUCGAUCUAAAGUAGUAGAUUCAGCAUGAUUGGGACAGCCCGACCUAGGGCGAUGUACAGUUUAACAGAUUCUACCCCUGCCCGGACAAUUUGGGUCUACCGUAACGGGGAUCCGUUCUACAUGGGGAGGAAAUUUAUAAUCAAUCCUCGAUACGUGCCCACCUUUGAAGCCUUCAUGAUCCAGCUGAACGAAAGUGUGCCAACACCCUUUGGGGUGCGGAAGCUCUAUACACCCGGACAAGGGCAUACUAUUACAGACCUCCCGGAAUUGCAGCAGGGAGGUAGAUAUGUGGUUGCUGGCAGGGAGAAGUUUAGGAAACUAAAUUACUCUGAUAUAGGGGCAAAGAAACCUGAAAGAAAGAAGAGGGAUGAGGUGAUUCGACCAGUAGUCCAUAGUAAUAUAAAAGUUCCUUCCAAAUGGCAAUCAAUUUAUAAUAAACCAAGAAAUAUUAAUGUUUUCACAAAUGGAGAUCUCUUGAUACCGCCCAUGAAAAUCCUUAUACCUAGAUUUACACUAAAUUAUUGGAAUAGUGUCCUUGCACUUGUAAAUGAAAAAGUAAUUCCUCGCUCUGGGGGUAUUCGUAGAUUGUUUACUUUAAAUGGUCAGCCUAUACAUGGACCUGAUAAAUUAGAAGAUAACCAAUUUUAUGUUGCAUGUGGCAAAGAAAGAUUUCAGCGUUUGCCAUACUGGCAACAUCCUAAGGUUCCAGAAAAUAUUCGUCGGAAUUUUUUGAAUUCACCAGAACCUUCAGAAAAACUCCCUCUGAAAAAGCCUCCUAUAGAAGGACCUAAGCAAAGAGAUCGCAUUGUGACUCCCAUAGAAGUAUCACGACAAGGAGGAGGAGAUAGGAUCUCCGUUUAUUAUGCCAAAUCUGACAAAGCAAGGCAAGAAAGACAGGCUCCUAGACCUGUGUCUCCCAAUGAUGAGCAUAGUAUCUAUAUAGCUCAUAAAUCCCCGACAGAAAUUGAAGAGGCUCGUGAGAUUCAAGAAGACAAAGAUGUUAAAGUGGAAAUACCCAUUGAUCAGGUUCCGGCUGAGAUCAUCCAGGAUGAGGAGAUUUAUGCAGAUCCUGGGAGUAUAAAAGAGCAGGCACCAGCUGAGAUUGUUCAGGAUGAGACAAUUGAUGCUAAGAAUAUAAAGGAACAGGCAAAAGAAGGUGAGCAAUUGCAGGAGAAAAAAGGUGCUUUCAAAAGAAUGUUUGGAUUCUUUUUCAGUAGAUCAAGGAAAAAAGAUAUAAAGGAAAAUGAUGAAGAACAAGAUAGAAAGAAACAAAUGAACAAUUACCCAUCAGAAAAUGAAUACUGGGAUGCCUAUGGGUAUGACUGAAGGAAUGAUUUUAAACAUCUUGCCACCUGUUCUUAUAAAGGUUUCUAAUCCUACAACCCUUGAAAAUCAUGUUUAUUGAUGAUAUAUUCUAUGCCUUCAUUUAAAAGUUUUAAUUAUUUCAUCUUUCAAGCACAAUUAAAAAUGUAAACUUUA